CGGCCACAGGGACAAGAGCGGCCCCGCCCCGCGCUCCUCUGGUGGGAGGGUGGACCCCCGGGCGGAGCCAGUCGGGCAGGAAGGGGCAGGGCCGGCCGUUUGAACGCCGGGCGCGCAGCCGGUCAGAGACGGGCGGGCCACGCAGCAGCCUCUCUGCUUGCCUCGCCGUCGGGGGCCCAGCCAGGGAGGGAGCGAGCGAGUGAGACUGGCGGGGGGCGUCGGGGCGUCUGGUCGCUGGCUGGCCCCGAGAGGGCGGGUCCGGCCGGGAGGGAGGGAGGGAGGCAGGCAGGCGCCGGAUCCCGCGCGCGCUCGCAGCCGCCCCUUCGGAGGAGCGCCUGAUCGCUUUGCCCGGGGGCUCGGCGGCCCGAAGGGCGGAUGGCGGCCGCGGGGCCCGACGGCAGAAGCUGCGUCCAUGUCGCCGAGCAGCGGGCCCGGUGGGAGAGGAGGCGUCGCCGGGCGGCCCAGGAGCUGGUGGGAAGCGAGCAGCGGUACCUGGAGCAGCUGGACCUGGUGGCCACCUUCUUUGUGGCCAUCCUGAAGGCCAAGGGGACCCUGAAGCCGGCAGUGCUGGAGGCCCUCUUUGGACCCUGGGAGUCUGUCUGCUCUGCCAGCAGGACGCUGGUUUUUCAUCUGGAGAGAGGCCACUUGGCUCUGGGCCUAGAGGGCUUCCGUCACCAGGUGGUCCUCUACAGGCACUACGCUGAAAACUUCGCGCAAGCCAAGAAAACUUUGCAGAAGCAGGUGAGGAAGAACAAAUCCUUUGUCCGCUUCAAGAAGCUUCAAGAGGCUCGUCCUGAGUUCAAGGGCAGCCGGUUGGAAGAUGUGCUUCCUCUGCCCCUCCAGAGGCUCCCUCAGAGGUUCUCGUUCAGCGGUUUCCCAAGUUGGGCUUGCACAUCUGGACCUCACCCUGAUGCACCCCAUCCUCGAGGCCCUCCGUUUCUGCAGCCACAGGAGCCCUGUCGGCACAGGCAUAGAAGAGAACAACAGCCCCCCCCCGAUGGCCUCACCCCCAUACUUCUCAGCCUCUGUUAGCCUCACAAGGUUGCCUCCCCAGAUCUUAGGGGAGCUCCCAUGCACUGGGUGAGAACUCGCCCAUUUCUGUGCUGAAGGCAGAUCGUUGUGCAUGUGGCAACUUCCUGUUGGCAUUUUGCAGCUGAUUUGGUGAUCUGCAGGUGUUAGAGGCAAGAGUGAAUGUUUGCCUACAAUUACGCUGAAUCAUGCACCAGAAAGUUUAAUAUAGGUUAGUCUGACUUCUUCACUUCAACGUUGAACUAACACAGGAGUUUCUUGCGUGUCCUUGUUUAGCGAAACUUUGUCUCUGUGGUGAGGGAGCAAAAUCCCCAAGUUUAACUUCCUCUUUCAGCAACUGUGUGUGUGCUCCAGCAGCUGCUGUCUGAUUUCUCGCAUCCAUGACCUCUGAUGGACUCUGCUCACAGCUAGGGCCUGCAAAUGACUGCCUGCUGGAUCAUGUCUCUGGGGAAAAUGCAGAAAUAAGCAAGGCAACCGGAGGGGUGGCUUCCGCAGUGUUUGUACGGACCCUGUAACUAAGUGUUCAGAUCACAGGAAAGAGACAGUGCCUCCGGAUACUGGAGCUGAUUGGCACGGUUGUUUAGGGAGAGGCCAGAGAGAAGUUUGCUUUGGACUUCGUCCUGAGUGGGUCUGAGGUCUGAAGUGAGAUGUAACUGGUGUUGCUCCAGCCGGGGACGGUGAUCAUGGGGCCAUUAUGUCUAACGUUGAAGGGAAAGCAAGGCUCCCUCCAAAGUCCAACAGAAGAAGCACAUUUGAUUUUUGGAAGAGGACUCUUUUAAAGAACGGGGGCAUUAGUCCAGGGAAACUGACACGUCAGGUAAGAAAAAUGUAGGGUGUGUUUAAAGAACAGGUAGUCAUAAAAGGCAAGAAGGUUGCCUUUAAGGCAUUGCUGGGAAAAGGGAGACACCCCAAGAGUGAUUGGCUAAAACUGACACCUCGGUUUUAAUUCUUUUGGGAGCCAACAUCGUGUAGUGGUUAAGAGCGGUGGACUCAGAUCUGAAGAACUGGGUUUGAUUCCCCACUCCUCCACAUGAGCGGCAGGACUCUAAUCUGGUGAAUCGGGUUCAGUUCCCUGUUGGGUGUCCUUGAACCAGUCACAGUUCUCUCAGAGCUCUCUCAGCCCAAAGGAGGCUGGCAGUGGCAAACCACCUCCAAUCUGGUUUGACUCCCCACACCUCCACACAAAACCUGCUGGGUGGUCUUGGGCUAGUCACAGUUCUUCAGAACUCUCUCAUUCUCACCUGCUUCACAAGGUGCCUAUUGGAGGAGGGAAGGCAAUUGAGAUUCCUUAAAGGUAGAGAAAAUAUGAGCCAUGAAAACUAAUUCUUAUUCUGGACAGAAGGCGGAAUAACGGCAUCUGGAAGGAUUGUUGUUACCUAUGCAAGGUGGAGACAGCACCACCUGCUUCCGCCUGUGCAGUCUGCUCCCAUCCUGCCUUCUCUGAUUGGUGUUGGGUGUUUAUGGCACCUUUCUAUCUCUUUGGCAUUCUUCCUUCACUAGAAUCUUUAGAGAGAGUUUAGAGAGAGUUUAGAGAGCUAGGUUAGCUUGCACACUGACUCACUGACCCUAAGGUCACCCAGGAGGCUGAGCAGAGUUGAGAGCCCAUUUUCAGCUGCAUUCUAGCCAUUGUGGCACUGUUGGUGUGACUCCUUUCGCAUGCCCUCUGCUCUCACUUCUU